AUGCCGUUGCUCAUAAAUAUCACAUGUUAUGUUACCAUAUAUUUUGGUAUUUUUAUUUAUAUAUGUGGAUGCUUUGGUAGUUUACUUAAUAUUCAUAUAUUAUUUUCAAAUCGAAAUAAUUCAUCUACAUUUUUAUUAAUUUAUUCAUCAAUAGUUGAUUGUAUUGUUCUUAAUAUUGGUUUAUUACCUCGUAUUUUUGCUGUAGGUUUUAAUACUGAUCUUACAUUAUAUAAUCUUCUAUGGUGUAAAAUUAGAACUUAUUUACUUCGUAUAACAUCAUUAAUACCACUUUAUAGUAUUGCUUUAAUGUCAAUGGAUCGAUUUUUUAUUAGUUGUCGAACAGUACGAUGGCGACAAUUGAGUAAUAUUCGUUUCGUUCGUUGGAUGACAUUUUUUGUUAGUUUUCUUAUUGCAACUGAAGGUCUCCCAUUUUUAAUUCUUACUAAAAUUCUUCAAUCAAAUACUAGUAUUAGUUGUACACCAAUGUAUAAUCCAAUUUUUUCUAAAUAUGCAUCAUUUUUUUGUAUACCUGUUCUUUAUGCUCUACCAUUAGUUAUAAUGAUAGCAAUGGGUAUUUUAAUUUAUCACAAAUUACAUAAUAGAACUCAUCUACGAAGGGCUCAACGUUCUUUAACAUUAAUAAUACUUCUUCGAAUAUUACUUGCUUUAAUAUCUUGUGGCCCUUAUACAUCAUAUUUUGUUUAUUCAGCUAUUGUUGUUUUAUCUACACCAAUAAAAUCUGCUGAAAGAAUAGCAAUAGAAAAUUUUAUUAUAUCUCUACUUAGUACUUUUCUUUAUAUUACAUAUUCUUCAUCAUUUUUUGUGCAUAUUUUUGUAUCAUCAGCAUAUCGGAAGCAAUUAAUGGAUUUAUUUAAAUAUUAUCGAAAUAGACAUAGAGCUGUCAUUCAACCUGUGCAGAUGGUUUUAACAAAAUUUACUCAAAAUAAUGCAUCAACUGUCAAAAACAAUAAACAGAACAAUUAA